AUGGCACAUAAUAAGAUGAGGGGAGUGGUGGCGGUGGCGGUGGCGGUGGUUGUUCUGGUGGUGGCUGUAGGCGGAGGAGGUGGUGGCGUUACGGCACAAGUGCUCCAUGUGGUGGGAGGAGAUAGAGGAUGGGAGACUACAAAUAUCAUUCAUGAUUGGUCUUCUGGCAGAGUUUUCAGAGUUGGUGACAGUGUUUGUUUUGCACACUCAGGACAGGAUAGUAUUGUGGAGCUGGGAAGCUUGGAGGAAUAUGAAUCGUGCGAUCUAUCAAACCCAAUCAGAAUGUUAACGGACGGCCUGGAUAAGAUCUCUCUUGACGGGGAGGGAAUCAGAUACUUUGCCAGUGGGAACAUUGACAACUGCAGAAAUGGACUCAAACUGCCAGUCAAUGUUCAACCUCAGGUUUAUGGACCCAUAUCAGCAGAAAGCCCAUUAGGAUAUUGGCCCAAUAAUGUGGAGAGCCCAAUAGUAGAAGGGCCCUCUCAGGAGACCAAGCAGGCCCAAAGUCCUUCAAUGGGGCAGGAAUAUGGACCCAUAUCUUCUUUUUCCGCAGCAAAAAGCCCAUUAGGAUAUUGGCCUAAGGAUGCAGAAAGCCCAAUAGUAUAUGGGCCCUCUAUGGAAACCGAUCAGGCCCAAAGUCCUUCAAUGGGCCAAGAAUAUGGUCCCAUGUCCUCUCUUACUUCAGCAGAAAGCCCAUUAAUCUCUGGAUCUGAAGGGCCCACAGCAUCUUUACCUUUUACUUUCCAGCAAUUCUGGAAAACCAAACACACCCAAAACUCUUUGAUGGAUGGAACGUAUGGGCCCACAUCAUCUUCUGCUAUGAACUCUCACAAUGGGCUUCCGAUCAUUGGUCAGAAGAAAUGGGCUAAAAGGCUUUCAGAGAACACUGUAGAUGGACCAAAGUCACUCUCUGCUCCAAUCUAUCUAAGUGGGCUUUUCGGACUUUGGGCCGUUGGACUUCUGCUUCAUGUCAUCAACUAUUAUUAGGUGAAGAAUAUUAAGAAGUUGCAUAAUGACUCAUUAAACUAAUAGUAAUGAAUAAGACCAUUAAAAUGGAGGAGAUGAGAUCAUUCCUCCAAAUUAAUAAUUAUUUAUGUAUUUAGCACUAUGUUUUAAGAAUUUCUUAACUAAGUACUUUAUGUUUGUAAUCUAUACCUGUUUUAUGUGAAUAAAAAA